UAUGCUCUCCUCGGAACCUUCGGAACGCUAAAGUACCAAAUAUGUUAGGGGUUGAAUAUCUCACGAUCCAUUUCUGUCUCCAGACAGUAAUCACAGCUUACAGGCAUUCGAAGAGACACCGCCACAAUGUCCGCAGCAGCGUUCUACUCGUCAGACCUCCGGUGCAUGAGUAAAAAGCGCUACCUCGCAUACAUACUUAUUUCAGCAUCCGCCGUCGCCUGCUACCACAUCGUCUCAACUCUUGCUUCAAAGCCAAUCUCAGCAUCAAGCGGCUUGCCUCUUGUGGUUGGCUACAUAGCUCACAACUUCUUUCAACGCCAACGCCAACGAUCGCUUCAAUACUGCGUCCUGCUCUCUGCAGCUCUACUCUCGCUCGGAGACGUAGCCCAUCUCAUCCAAAUCUACAUCGUCGCGGAUCCAGACACGAUGGCAAGCGCCCAUCUAGCCGUCACCCACUUUUGCCUUUCAUUUCUCCUUCUCUCACAAAUAGAAUACAUAUCCCGGACCAAGAAUCCCAUGCCAUACCCAGACGUCUUGAUACCCCCGCCCGCCAAAAUGAUCGCCAGCUACCAUCCCAACUCUCCCAUCUGUUGGCAAACUCAUCUGAGCGACGGUCGAGAACCACCCGCUGCCGUCUUCUGGCGCGCUGUUGCACUGGACGUAACAGUUUGCGUGCUGUGGCAUGUUGGCGUGUGGCGGUUCACGUCUUUGCUUCAAGCGUGGCUGAAUCCGAACUUUCAACCUAACGCUGGAGCUGUUUAUCGGCCGUUCGCGACGGCGUAUGGGUUCGAGGUCGUAUGGACGAGCAGGGGGGUGGUUGGAUGUAUGCUGCAGGCUGUUAUGAUGAGACCAGUUCGGAUUCUCAACUCGUAUAUUUUUGCAUACGGGGCAGAUAAUGUUGGGUGGUUGAGGCGGUGGUAGGGUCUGCAGGAUUAUCAUCGGGCUCGCAGCGUGCUCGUAAGUUGCACGUUGUAACGCUACGAAUAAGGCGAAAUAGACUAUAUAUUUGCAUGCAACGUCCCACUCUUAUUUUAACGACCACGCCAAUAGCAUAUUGGUUGCAUGUGGAGACGCGGAUUCGGGCCACUCACCACAGAACGAGGCGUAUCAUGACAAUUAUCCGUUCUUCCGGGGGUAUCAUCCAGGUCAUCAGUGGUGAGAU